AUGAGAUUAACUGAACCAGCCCUUAACAGUGUAACACCAGAAGAGAAAGCCUCCGUGAUACAGGAAGAGAAAGCCUCGUUUGUGGUGGCUGUACUUACCAGUGUGAUACAGGAAGAAAAAGCCUCGUUUGUAGUGGCUGUACUUACCAGCGUGAUACCAGAAGAGAAAGCCUCGUAUGUUGUGUCUCUACUUACCAGCACGGUACCGGAAGAGAAAGCCUCGUUUGUAGUGGCUGUACUUACCAGCGUGAUACCGGAAGAGAAAGCCUCGUUUGUAGUGGCUGUACUUAUCAGCGUAAUACCGGAAGAGAAAGCCUCCGUGAUACCAGAAGAGAAAGCCUCGUUUGUUGUAGCUGUACUUACCAGCACGGUACCGGAAGAGAAAGCCUCGUUUGUAGUGGCUGUACUUACCAGCGUGAUACAGGAAGAGAAAGCCUCGUUUGUGGUGACUGUAAUUACCAGCGUGAUACCGGAAGAGAAAGCCUCGUUUGUAGUGGCUGUACUUACCAGCGUGAUACUGGAAGAGAAAGCCUCGUUUAUAGUGGCUGUACUUACCAGCGUGAUACCGGAAGAGAAAGCCUCGUUUGUUGUAGCUGUACUUACCAGAACGGUACCGGAAGAGAAAGCCUCGUUUGUAGUGGCUGUACUUACCAACGUGAUACCGGAAGAGAAAGACUCCGUGAUACCGGAAGAGAAAGCCUCGUUUGUUGUAGCUGUACUUACCAGCACGGUACCGGAAGAGAAAGCCUCGUUUGUAGUGGCUGUACUUACCAGCGUGAUACAGGAAGAGAAAGCCUCGUUUGUGGUGACUGUAAUUACCAGCGUGAUACAGGAAGAGAAAGCCUCGUUUGUGGUGACUGUAAUUACCAGCGUGAUACCGGAAGAGAAAGCCUCGUUUGUGGUGGCUGUACUUACCAGCGUGAUACAGGAAGAGAAAGCCUCGUUUGUGGUGACUGUAAUUACCAGCGUGAUACCGGAAGAGAAAGCCUCCACGGUACCGGAAGAGAAAGCCUCGUUUGUAGUGGCUGUACUUACCAGCGUGAUACAGGAAGAGAAAGCCUCGUUUGUGGUGACUGUAAUUACCAGCGUGAUACCGGAAGAGAAAGCCUCGUUUGUGGUGGCUGUACUUACCAGCGUGAUACAGGAAGAGAAAGCCUCGUUUGUGGUGACUGUAAUUACCAGCGUGAUACCGGAAGAGAAAGCCUCCGUGAUACAGGAAGAGAAAGCCUCGUUUGUAGUGGCUGUACUUACCAGCACGGUACCGGAAGAGAAAGCCUCGUUUGUAGUGGCUGUACUUACCAGCGUGAUACCGGAAGAGAAAGCCUCGUUUGUUGUGGCUGUACUUAUCAGCACGGUACCAGAAGAGAAAGCCUCGUUUGUAGUGGCUGUACUUACCAGCGUGAUACAGGAAGAGAAAGCCUCGUUUGUGGUGACUGUAAUUACCAGCGUGAUACCGGAAGAGAAAGCCUCGUUUGUGGUGGUUGUACUUACCAGCGUGAUACCGGAAGAGAAAGCCUCCGUGAUACCGGAAGAGAAAGCCUCGUUUGUAGUGGCUGUACUUACCAGUGUGAUACAGGAAGAGAAAGCCUCGUUUGUAGUGGCUGUACUUACCAGCACGGUACCGGAAGAGAAAGCCUCGUUUGUAGUGGCUGUACUUACCAGCGUGAUACCGGAAGAGAAAGCCUCGUUUGUUGUGGCUGUACUUAUCAGCACGGUACCAGAAGAGAAAGCCUCGUUUGUAGUGGCUGUACUUACCAGCGUGAUACAGAAAGAGAAAGCCUCGUUUGUGGUGACUGUAAUUACCAGCGUGAUACCGGAAGAGAAAGCCUCGUUUGUGGUGGUUGUACUUACCAGCGUGAUACCGGAAGAGAAAGCCUCCACGGUACCGGAAGAGAAAGCCUCGUUUGUUGUGGCUGUACUUACCAGCGUGAUACCGGAAGAGAAAGCCUGGUUUGUAGUGGCUGUACUUACCAGCGUGAUACAGGAAGAGAAAGCCUCGUUUGUAGUGGCUGUACUUACCAGCGUGAUACAGGAAGAGAAAGCCUCCGUGAUACAGGAAGAGAAAGCCUUGAUUGUGGUGGCUGUACUUACCAGCACGGUACCGGAAGAGAAAGCCUCGUUUGUAGUGGCUGUACUUACCAGCACGAUACAGGAAGAGAAAGCCUCAUUUGUGGUGGCUGUACUUACCAGCACGAUACAGGAAGAGAAAGCCUCCGUGAUACAGGAAGAGAAAGCCUCGUUUGUGGUGGCUGUACUUACCAGCACGGUACCGGAAGAGAAAGCCUCGUUUGUAGUGGCUGUACUUACCAGCACGAUACAGGAAGAGAAAGCCUCGUUUGUGGUGGCUGUACUUACCAGCACGAUACAGGAAGAGAAAGCCUCGUUUGUGGUGGCUGUACUUACCAGCACGAUACAGGAAGAGAAAGCCUCGUUUGUGGUGGCUGUACUUACCAGCACGAUACAGGAAGAGAAAGCCUCGUUUGUAGUGGCUCGUGAUACAUACCGGAAGAGAAAGCCUCGUUUGUAG